AUGGAAGAUCCAGUAGAGGAUCCUACGCUGAUCUGGCGAAAACAGCUUGCGUCCCUGGAGAACAGCAUCACUCCAAUCGCCAGGGCUGCAGAAGACACCUCGCAAGAGGACGACCUAGUGACGUUGGUCGUUCAACAGGAAAUUUUGACAAGCCUCUACGAGCAGGCUUGCACGAUCAUACUUAAAAUUGAAGGCCGAACGGGCCACUCGAACCGAAGGGAGGCAUUGCUACCGAUCUACGUCAAGGCUAGGUCAGCCCAAGCAAGAAAAAUUCGGACGGAACAGCAGAGCGAAACCAACCAAGAUGGACGUUAUCGCCCUCAAUUAGAUCAAUCAAUCAUCUUAGGCAGUAGCCGAACAGACCAUUUACCUCGAUUGGAACUACCUAAGUUCCAUGGCUCAGCCACAGAGUGGCUGUCUUUCAAAGCGCGCUUCGAGAAGUGUGUAUCAACACUAACGGAGGACGCAAACAAAUAUGUGUUCCUCACCAAAUGCUUAGAGUACGAGUCAGCAAGGAACACUUGCGAGGCUCUCGAAAACUCCGGUUUACCAUUCAACGAGGCAUUGAUCAAACUGGAGGGAGAUUUCAUAAGAAACGGAUAG